GUUGUUCUCCCAGGAUGGCUAGCAGUGCAAAGUGCGCUAUCCGCGAGGUCGCGAAGGACGUUUGGACGUUCUCAUGCCCCUUCGCUCGCUUCGGACUGUUCCCUGUUGGCGGACGGUCGACUGCGGUAAAGCUUAGCAACGGCGACGUCUGGGUACUGGCAUCUUCGCCUUUGGACGAAGCCACGAAGUCAAAGCUCGGCGAACUCGGUCCUGUGAAGUGGAUCAUUGGUGCUGACGCUGUGCACCACAUGUUCCUAGGUGACUUCAAGAAGCAAUACCCCGACGCGAAAGUCAUCGCGGUGGACGAAGCUAUCAAGAAGAAAGAGAAGGAAGGCUUGAAGUUCGAUGGAGCUUGGGGUGCUGACCCGCCGGACACUAAGUACGGUUUCGAAAACGACAUUCAGCAUUGUUACUUCACGGGGUUCAAGAACAAGGACGUCGCGUUCUUCCACCCUGCAUCGAAGUCAUUGAUAGAAGCCGACCUCCUUUUUAACCUCCCUGCUCGAGAACAGUACUCGAUGACCGGGUCCUCGGGGAAAUUCCCUGUCUUUGGAACUCUGAACCCCUCUAUGUGGGUGCACAAGAAGUUUGCCUGGUCACUCGGGGUCGACAAGGAAGCAAUGAAGCGCGACGUGAAGACCGUUGCAGGGUGGGACUUCGAUCGCAUAAUACCUUGCCAUGGGGAUGUGAUUGAGAAGGACGGGAAGGCUGCCUGGAAGGAGGCGUACAAAUGGUAUUUGGACUAACGCGCAUGUGAAUUCUAUAUGUAUUUUAGGCAUCGUGGGCUCCGCAUGGAAUUCAUCCCGGAUGGUCA